AUGGGUUCGAUUGAAAAGAAGGGGUUGCAGCAGGACUUGCUUCAGCGUCAGCAUCAGCAUCAUCGUCUCAUAACUAAGCCAUCAAAUGCUGUUAAUUGGGAAUUUUUGGUGAUACCUUCUUUUCUUAUUCCAACUGGCAAUUACAGUGGGGUUUUGUCAGCGAUCAGUGACAUAGUGUCUCGGAAGCUCACCGGGAUUCAGAAACGUCAGUUAAGACGUCUGCUUCUCGAAGUGCUUUUUGGAGCUGUUUAUCUUGGACCAUUUGGGCAUUUCCUGCAUUUACUACUUGAUAAGAUUUUCAAGGGGAAGACGGAUUCAAAAACAGUAGCCAAGAAGUUCUGGCCUGUUCUGGGUUUGGAUAAAUCACCUGUAUGUGCCACUCCAUCUCCGUGUCGUCUUCCACAGCUUGGUCGCUUUUGGCUGGGGAAUUUUCCUAAACUUACAAGCAAUAUAUGUGGCAUUACCAAAGGCUAA